AUGUCUAGACGCACCAAGGUCCUUCGCCAAACGGCGCCAGGUACAGCCGUCAUUGAACAAGUGCCCAUUCCAUUGCCAGGCAAAGAUGAAGUUCUCGUCAAGGUCUACGCGGUGGCCUUGAAUCCCUACGAUUGGAAAAUGCUCUACGGUCGCGUACCCCCGGUGCCGACAGGCUUGGGUUGCGACUUCGCAGGCUUCGUCGAGACAGUUGGCGAGAAUGUCACGAGAGUGCAACCAGACGAGCGUGUUGCGGGAAUGGUACAAGGAGGAAACAUUCUGAGACCUGACGACGGUGCAUUUGCCGAGUACAUCAUCGCACCAGCACAUGUGCUGCUCCAUCUACCAGAAUCUACAUCGUUCGAGGAUGGCGUAACUGUACCGACCCCAGCGUUCACGGCGGGGUUUUGUCUCGAGCAUAUCAUGAGCAUGUCAGUGCCUGUGGAUGGACCAGUGUCAACAGUGAAUGGACAAGCUGCGAUCAAGGAGGCUGCACGCGAGGAAUCGAUGCUGCUUGUCUAUGGAGGGGCGUCGUCGACAGGGUUGAUGCUGGUCCAGAUGGGAAAGUUAGCUGGGAUGCAAGUGCUGGCUGUCUGCUCGAAGGAGAGCUUCGACCUGGUGCGAAGGUACGGCGCCGAUGUUGUCUUCGACUACCGUGACGCAGGUUGCGAGAAAUCCCUACAGGACUUCACAAGAGGUCUCGUGAGGUACACUGUCGACUGUAUCUCUGAUGUCCAGUCUGCAGCCAUAUGUUCGAGAGCCAUGGGCGCAGAACCAGGAACCUACAUCAGCUUUACCGCAAAUGGGCCCGAGAUUGGACUCCCGAAUGUCAAGUCUGUCAAAAUCGUCUCGUUCACGGUCUUGGGGCGGGUAUUCUCCUUCCGCGCUAAGGGCCCGAUAUUCCCAGUUAUUGAGGACGAUGCUGCAUUUGGCGGGAAAUUCGCCGAUAGGCUUGAACUGCUGCUGAGAGGUGGAAAGCUCAAGCCUCUUCGUUCAGAAGAGCGAGAAGGGGGAUUGACUAACAUUGUGUCAGGCUUAGAAGAGCUGAAAGCUGGACGAGUUCGCGGACGGAGAUUGGUUUAUGCUCUUCAAUGA